CGGCUGCGCACAGACAUGGCUAGACCAUUGCUCAAUCCCGACGAACGAUUUCAAGCUCCGGACGAGUUCCCUCACAUCUAUCUGGACGAAGAAAGUCAAGUCCUAAGGCGAAAAAAUGAGACCGGCAUUCACAGGUCGCCUGAAGAAUUUAUCUCUGUAAAUGCAGACACAACUAGUACAACUGGUCCGGGAGGUGGGGUUUUUAAUCUCGCGGGCGGUGACCCCGGUCGGG